AUGUUAUCUGACGACGAGUACGACUAUCUAUUCAAAUUAGUUCUUAUUGGAGAUUCUGGCGUAGGCAAAUCAAACUUGCUUUCGAGGUUCACUACAAAUGAGUUCAAUCUCGAAUCAAAGAGUACUAUUGGCGUAGAGUUUGCUACAAAGAACAUUGAAAUUGAAAAACGUUCUAUCAAGGCACAAAUUUGGGAUACCAGUGGACAAGAGCGUUACAGAGCCAUUACCGGAGCUUAUUAUCGUGGUGCUGUCGGCGCACUUGUUGUAUAUGAUAUCACUCGUCGAAAUUCAUUCCAAAACGUAUCACAUUGGCUUAAAGAGCUUAGGGACCAUGCUGACUCCAACAUUGUCAUCAUGUUGGUGGGUAACAAGGUUGAUUUAAGUGAAACUAGUCGUGCAGUAACCACUGAAGAAGGUGGUGCUUUGGCUGAGAAGGAUGGAUUUUUGUUUAUGGAGACAUCUGCACUUGAUGCUACCAAUGUAGAUAACGCAUUUGAAAAGGUGUUUGCCACUAUCUUUGAAAACUUGCCCAAGCCUUCACAAAAUACCGCAGAUGAGAAGUCAGCUUCAGGCCCUACCAACGGUGAACGUGUUCAAUUAAGACCUCCCAGUGUUCGUAGCAUGUCUCGUAACAGUAGUUUGGAUGAGAACAGAGAAUACCGUAAAAAGGAAAAGGCUGGUGGUGGCUGUUGUUAA